AUGGAAUCACUCGAUAAUGUGGUUUGCAAAGUCUGCAAUGCGUCCUCACCUUCGGAGUCCAUGAGAAAGUGUACUGUUUGCCUCAAAUCAUGGCAUGUAUCAUGUGGUCAGCAAAGAGUCUUCACAACUGCAAGCGGUUAUAUGCUUUGCGACCCAUGCGCCUUGAAAGGUGACAAAGAACGAGUUAGUUUCUUUUAUCGAUUUGAAAAUUGGAAGUCUUAAAUUAUUUAUUCGAAUAAUGGAAGAUUUUUGAUGAAAAAAAAUAUGAUCGAGAAAAUAUAACCAAUUUUUUAUAAUAAAACAACAUUUCACCUACCUGUUUCAAACUACAUUUUGCAGAGAGAAAGAAAACGAGCGGAAUUGGCAAGAAAGAAGGUUUGUGAAUAUAUAUACAUUUUCAAUACACGAAACUCAUUGAUUCAUUUCAGGCCAACGCUGCAAAAAAGGCGAAUGGACAGGUUCAAAAGAAAACUUGUACUGGUCUUGAAAAGGUAUGCUGCAAUUGAACAAAAAAUUUUGAAAAAUUAAGAUAUUAUUAAAACUUUCUUCAGAAGCCAUCGACCAGAAAAUCAAAGAACCAAUAA